AGCCAUAAAAUCGAGAAACAAACACUAGAUCAAGAUAACCAAGGUGAUGGACUCCAACGAAGAUCAGAGAGGAAGAAGAGAGAACAAAUACCGAGGCAUACGACGAAGGCCAUGGGGAAAAUAUGCAGCGGAGAUACGUGACCCUACCCGGAACGGGUCACGCCUGUGGCUAGGCACCUUUGAAACAGCUGAAGAGGCAGCCCGAGCAUAUGAUCGGGCUGCCUUUUCUCUAAGGGGCCACCAAGCCAUCCUCAACUUCCCAAACGAUGGACAUUACCAUCACAAUAAUAAUACUAAAGUACCUCUAGGUCCUGGACCAAGCUACGCGUCAUCCAUGGGAAACGCGCACAUGUCGGCCUCUUCUUCUUUACCAUCUUCUUCUUCAGCUACUGCUUCUUCUGAUCAACAAGAGAAUGUGAGAUUGGAGGGACAUGAUCAUGAAGAGAAGGUUAUUGAAUUUGAGUAUUUUGAUAACAACCUUCUGGAUGAGCUUCUCGGCUCACAAGUUCAUCGCCAGGCUAAUAAACGGCCCAAGUUUUUCUAGGUUGUUUUGAAGAAAAGCUUGAAAUGUUUAGGUCCAAUAUGGACUUGUUAAUCUGUUAUUAUCAUGCUAUUUCUGAUUCCUUUAAUUUUUUCCCCGAAUUAUAUGCCAACUUUCUUUGUUGUUUUUUCUU